GACGAGCCGAGCGGUGCCGAGGUGCCGAGUGUACCCAGCUGGACUCCACCCUUCAUUAUGCGAAUUAUUUUAUCUAUGGCCGUGGGCUUGAUCCGUGGUUAGCACGGCUAGUACAAUCACCGUCGAUCACGGUUAACAUUAGAAAUCCGUAAUGGAGGAUAGAACUCGCUAGGUGUCAGUGAUCCAGUGAUCAACGUUUGGUUUGGGUUGGGUGGAGGGGCGGACGUAGUGUGGUUGUUGUUAAUGAGUGUAUAAAAUAAUCCGUAAUCUUAGAAUGAUCGCUUAGCUUGUGAAAAUAGAAAUGUUUAAGAAACUGGUGGUGUUUGAUAACGGAGUCAACUUUAUGGCAGAAUGAUGAAAAUUGCAGUCCACAUUUAAUAAGUUCAUGUGGUAACCUUGACAACUUGUAGACAUUUGUAACAAACCAAGACACAAACACUGUGUUGCAAGCCGUGUGUUCAUCACCCAGCAAGCCCUUCGAGGGACAGCUUUACUCUAAGUUUUCCUUUAUUGCUCAGCAGUGUUGAUAGUGAAGCUGGUCCCAUUAGAUUUAAUGGUGCUUUAUCAGAAUGGAGGACAUCAGGUGGUGUUCAGCUAGGACAACUUUCUAACCUUCCAAAAGAAAGUUAUUGUGUUAGGAAUGAUGGAAAUUUCAAUAGGAUUGAUCAUCCAUCUUCAUAUUUAUCAAGAUUGCUACAGUAAGUCCACAGCCAGUGAGAGUCACUCACUCGUCUGCCAGUAAAGAGGAAAUUAAAGUUCCACACUCAGAUCUAAGUUCUGGAAGGAAUAUUAUGGACUCUGUGAAUGGGCAUCCAGUGUGCAACUCCAGACAUAGAAGUCGAGCUUGAGUGAUGAUAAAACCAAUUCAUUGGUAAGGUCCACAGUCAGUGAAAAUGACAAGUAUAAAGUAAAAUCUUCUAAUUUUACAGUACAUAAGUUAAAGUAUUCCUCUUUAAGUGGCAAAGUGUUGUGAGAGAAAAUACAAUAUCUUCCAUGAAUUCAGGUGUGAAUUCAGAUAUUUUUGGACAGCAGAACAAGAGGAGUCGUGAUAAUAGGAAUGGUUCUCUGUCAGCUGUAACCAGUACUGCAGGCAGUACUCUGUUACGUACCCCUGACAAGACACAAGUGUUAACCAAAAGGAAACUAUCGCAGGAUUCUCCACAAAGUAUUAAGAAGCUAAGAUCACCAGUUCUGCCACCCCAACAAGGAUUGAAUUUUUCAACAUUGUUUAAAAGGAAAUUUGGUACUCCACAGCAUAAUAAAAUUGAUAAAUAUUUUAUGAGAAAAGAAGUAGAACAUUUUGAUGUAGGUAAUUCAAAAUCUUCUUGUUUGCAUGAAAAUACUUUUGAAUCUGUUGCUCACAUUUCACAAAAUUCUGAUGGAGCUGACUGCUUUAAAAACUGCAGGAGUCACAAUUCUGGUGGAAAAACUGUGGAACACCAUGUACCUGGAGGAGAGUAUGUUGUAGAUUCUGUCAUAGUGGUGUCUGAUGAUGAUGAUGAUGAUGAUGAUGAUGAUGAUGAUGACCCAGUUGUUGUAUCAGAUGAGUGUGAUGCUGCCAAAAGUCUUAAUGAAAAGUGGGAUGGUAAUGUUUAUGACCUUGAUUGUUGUGAUUUACAUGAUACUGAAUCCACAAAAGUUACAACAUUUGUAGCUAUUCUCUCAGAUGGAAAUCACACAAAAAGGGCCCAUCAUCCUAAUACAAUGUGUGGUACAAAGACAUCAGCUCAAGCGAACAUGCGUUUUGCAGAAGACGUGCAAGAACUGAAGAAGGGAAAAUCUCUGCAACCCCAUGUAGCUGGAGGCAAAUUUGUUGGAGAUUGUGUCAUAGAGAUAUCGUCUGAUGAUGAUAGCAAUGAUGGUGACCCUGUUGUUGUUAUAACAGAUGAAAGUGAUGCUGAAAGUCUUACUGAAGAGAGGGAAGGUGUUGGAAGUCCAAACAUUUAUGAUCUUGAUAGUUACGAUUUAUAUGAUAUUGAAUCCACAGAAAUUAAAACAUAUACAUGCAUUUCCUCAGACCAAAGUGACACAAAGAGGGCUCAUCAUUCUGAUACUCAGAAUGUGUGUUGUACAAAGGCAUCAGCUCAAGGGAACAUGCAUUUUACUUGUAAAAGAAAAGAAUUAGUGGACAGCCCUGGUCUGCACAUGGUUAAUGUUAAGAAACCAGUGCCUUUUGAUGUUCCUGGUCAGGAACAAGUUGGCAGUAGCUGCAGUGAUGAGCCAGCAACUAUUAAGAGCCUCACCUGUAAUUCAGCCAUUUUUGGCAGCCCUACUGCUGAAGUAGAAACUGCCAGUGGUCCUGACAGUGAGCCAGUAUUUGUCAGUGACUUGAGUGAACCAGAAGUUUCAAGCAACUGUGAUGAUAGUAAACCAUUGGUUGUCACUGGCUCUGAUGGCGAUUCGAUAGUUAACAGUAAAUUAGUGAUUGGCAGUAUGGACUCAGUUAGUGUCAACUGUGUAAAAAGGGACCGUGUUCUUAGUACCAACUCAGACGAGAAAUCACUGAUUGGUUGUAGCAUUCCUGGCAAGGAACUGGUGAUUGAUAACAGUCCUCGCAAUGAGCAUGCAUUUGUUUGUAGUUACAGGAAACCAGGUGCUACAGAACAACUAUUAAUUGCCAAAGAGAAUGUUAGGGAUCCAGUAGUUGUUGGUGUUUGUGGCGAGAAACUAGAGGUUACUUGUGAAUUUGGUAAAGAAUCUGUUUUCACAGAUAUACUGGAUAGAGAACCCACAGCUGUUGAUAGGUCUAUUAUAGAAUCAGUGGUUGUAGAUAUGUCUGAUAAAGGACUGAUGAAUAUUGACAGCCCUGUUACAGAACCUUCAGUUGUUAAUAACUCUGUUAGGGGAAAUGUAAUUGUUGACAAGCCUGAGAGGGAUCUUGCAAUUUUAAGUGCACCUGAUAAGGGAUGUGUUAUUGGUGACCAGGAUAGGAAAUUGGUGGUUCUUGCUGAAGAAGGAUCAUCUGGUGAGAUGGCCAUGAUCGCCAGUCAUGCAGUUAGUGACAGUACAGAUGCAGUUAACCUGAACGAGGGAGGCGCUUCUCAGAAUACAAGUAAAAUUAAUGCUCAGAAUCGCAUUGGUACUAGCAGAAGUUAUGAUAAAUAUCCAAGCACGAGCACCUCAGCAGGAGAUGGCAAAGUUGGAGGACCAGUGAAAUGUGAUCAAAUCAUUGCAUCAUAUCAGACAGUGAUGUAUGAUCACCACGAUAGGGCAGCAGCACGCUUGGAGCUGAGAUGGGUCCCUUUCUGCUGCCAGUACUCGUAUUCCUGCACGCAGCAGCACAAGAGUUCUCUGUGGAAACCAUCUGAGGUGUGUGAUGCAAGGUCUCAGAUAAUGGAAGCCCUAAUGAAUGCCAGACAGUGGUCCUGUGCCUUCCACUUCUGUUGCUCUGUUACUUCUGAGAGAAGUUUUCCUAGUGCUUCAACAGUUUUACGUAUCUUGGUCUUUAUACUUAAUACACACGAAAUUUGCUUGAUUGGAUCAGCUGUAUCAGCAUUCAAGAAGAUUGUUGAUUUACACCCUCCAUGUGCUCCAGACAUGCUGCGGUAUUACACGACAGUCUUAACAAGCACUCUCAUAGAGAACACACCUUGCCUGUCAGACAGUGGAAUUGUGGAUGGUAUUAUAUAUGAGUUGAAUGAUAUGAUAACGUUCAAAGAUUUGAAAAACGAAGACUUGCCUUGCGACAGUUCAGCUGUCUGUGAAGAUCCGUUAGUAACUCUGAACACUGCAACAGAAGAACUUCUGGAUGUUUCUGCUGAAGAAAGAGCCGAGGCCAACAAGAAUUACGCAACUCUGAGUCACGAUGAGAAACUGAAUCGUCUUUUCAUAGUUUUGGAGGUUAUAGUGGAACUGUUAGAAAUUGAUCUCUCUGUUUUUCUCGUGAAACAUAGCUUUCAGCUACGAAAGGCAUUGAUUCAUCGCUCUUACAGGCCUCUGAUAGUGUCGGUACUGUGGAGAACCAAUACAGUGCAGGGAAUUGGACGUCUGAAUGGCAUUUGCAGAUGUAUCAUUUCUUUAUAUGCAAAGUGCUUUGUCCAUAAUAUCAGUUUUAACAAGUGGACUGUUAUAGCAAGACUUCUGACCCUUGUAGCUGAAACUGUCAGGGCGAGUGAGAGGAAUGACGAGUUGCUGUAUCCCUACUUUGGUGAGCAGUGCAAGACUCUGGCUCGAGAAGUGAGCCAGUGUUUGUCAGGCAUGAACCCAGAGGAAUUGGUUCGAGUUCUCAGUGAGAUGAGACCAUCAUUUCUCACACUUUAUGUCACCAAUUUUCUUCUCAGUAAUGCCGUUGGAUAUGAAACAGACCCCUCUUUGAACACAGUUGUUGGAUUGAUAUCAACAUGCUUUCUGCCGCACGACAUGGAAGCUCAGAAGCUGAGUCCGCAAGUAAAAACAACUUCAAACGGUGAAGUAACUGAAACGAAGGGAAUCAUCAACAAGAGAGACAAGAAAGGAGAAACAAUCCUUCAUCGUGUGUGUCGAAGAAAUAAAGUCUAUGAACUGAAAGAGCUUUUAAAGGAUCCUGAGGUUGACGUCAAUGUUAUGGACAAUUUUGGUUGGACAGCUCUGCAUGAAGCAGUUCAUUAUGGUGCCGUCAGUUGUGUCUAUGAAUUGCUGGAAUACAAACCUCCACCAGGUCGCUGCAGAGCUGAUGUGCAUGUGCAAAGUGAAGAUGGCACGACACCGCUAAUUGAUGCAGUUCAGACCAAUCAGCUAGAAUCCUGCAAAUUACUGCUUAAAUAUGGAGGACCAUUUUUGUUGAGAGCCAAGAAUCGAGACGGUAAGAGUGCACUAGAUGUGGCAACAUCUCUUGAAAUGAAAGCACUGUUGGAAUCAGUUGGAACAGAAGACAAGUUCCUUGAAGAGGAAGCAGCAUGGCAACAUGGCACAUGCAGCACUCUAGUCUCACAGUUGUUGCCAGUAUUGUUACAUUCAUACUUGGACACGUACCUGACAUUGCACAUAGAGAGUGAACUUAAGAAUCAUGUGCAUUAUGAUAAUGAUGAUAUAAAUACUUUACCUGUGAAGAGGAUAGGCAGGCCAAAGUUGAAAUUUGAUUAUCCAAGGUUCUCGAAGGACUACAAGAGUUUGAGAAAACUGAAAGGUAAAAUUCGAGACAAGAGUAAAAAGGUGCCUGGCAGUGAGAUGAUUGGGAAAUUUCUCUUUCUCUUGCAGUGAUUGUGUGUAAUCAAUUACAAAAAUCUUAUGUUAAGUAAAAACGAUAUGACCUUUAUUUUUGUUAAGGAACAUCAGAUAGAAAGAAGUUGCAGUAAGUGCUGAGGCUUUGUUCAUGUCAUACAUUAGAUCACAUCGCUUCUUGUCAUCCAGCAAGGUUUAAAAUGCAUAAAUUUCAAAGACAUUCUAGUUUUGUACAACCAUUAAAUAGGACUUCAUGUGGAAGUUGAGUUACUGUCCAACAUUUGAUUGUCUAAGACAGUUUCAUGGUGAAGUUACCUUAUGUUAAGAGUGAUAGGAAAUUACUUGAUUUAUUUUCAGGAAUUGACUUUUAUAUAUUUUCCUUCUUCCUUCCCUGAUCUUCUCACCUCUAAUAUUGUUCUGUGGAAAAUGUGUAAGAAGUGUUUCUGCGUGAUUGUAAGAAAUUCAACACUACUGUGACUGAUAAUAGAAUUAUGAAUCUUAUAUAUUAAAAAGAUUUGAAAAAUAAUAAAUUGAAUAAUAUUUGAUGUUGA